CUGAACAGAGAGAACGUCGGCGCAUGCGCGCUGAUGACGUCAGCACCGAAGAUGGCGGCGGUGCGGAAGACGGGACUCGGAGAUUUAGCGAUGAGAAUAUUCGCGGUUUUGCUGUCACUGCAGAUGCUUUCUGUGAGCUGCGAAACCGAAGCGCAAGACGUUGUGAAUCAGGGGACAAACGCUAAACCCCCAAUCUCCACUUUAGCAUCUGAUAAGAACCCGAGCGAAAAGAACGACAGCCUUCAGAGUCAAGCGGUCCAGGCGAACGCGACGCAGGCUCCCGAUAUCCCCAGCAGCCCCCAAGCGGCAGCCACGCCCUUCCCGGACGCUCUGCCCUCGACUGCUGAAACCACUCCCAAACAGACCACACCCACCGAAGACAAGCCUCCGGGGCCCACCGGCCCUCCAGCGAACAAGCCCACGGCCGUCUCCACCGCCGCGGCCGACAGAACUGAGAGCGCCUCGGACUACAUCAGCGAGCGGACGUCUCCAGGAGCGGACUUAUCCUUCGGAAUCGAAGAGGAGGAUAAUUUCGAGAAUAGCUUCACCGAGUCGCCUCGAAACAGCGUGAGGAAAGACCCUUUGGACCUCCCGGACAGCUCUAAAGAAUUAAUUGACCGCACAACCAUCUACACCCAGGAUGAAGAUUCCCACUUCUUCUUUCACCUGGUCAUCAUCGCCUUUCUGGUGGCCAUCGUGUACAUCACCUACCACAACAAGAGGAAGCUGAUGCUGCUGGCUCAGAGUCGUCGCUGGCGGGACGGUUUCUGCUCACGCGGCGUGGAGUACCACCGGCUCGACCAGAACGUCAACGAGGCCAUGCCCUCGCUCAAGAUGACCAACGAUUACAUCUUUUGAAGACAGUUGAUUUCGAUUUUGAUACUUGAUUUUUGUCCACACACACACACACGUGGUGUCUUAUUUAAUCAGGGGAGGAGGGAUCGUGUUUUAGCCGUGUGUUCGUGUGCACGAGAAGGUCUUCGGUUCUGCUUCUUGUUCUCCUCCGUGUUUUCUUCUAUAAAGGCAAACGGCCUUGCUCUAAUUUUAACAGUUUUUGAAGAAAAUCAAAUGAAGUUGUGUCUCUGUAAAUAUUUGAUUAUAUACCUGCUGUCUGUUGCGUACGCUCUAAGAAAUAAAGGUGCUUCACAAAUGCCAUAAAAGAACCUUUUUUUGUCUAAAUGGUUCAUGCAGACCUUGCACGAAAGGUCCUUUGUGGAGAAAGAAACUUCUUCAGAUUAUAAAAAAAAGGCAAGGUUCUUUAAAGGAACCAAAAAUGGCUCUUCUAUGGCAUUGCUGUGAGCUCUGGUCAAACGAAGCCGUGCUGUCUCCGGCACAGCGCUAGAUGUGUGUGUUUCUUGCCGUGCAGCCGUUUUUGGGCUGGUCCCUUUCUGUUUGUUUUAUGACUUCAGUGAAGUUCUUUUAUAGGAGCCGGGUUCACCAUUGCCAAAGCUCGGGAGAUUUACAGGAAGGUUUUGUUUUAAUUCACCAAGCAUUGCCCCACGAUUGUAGCAGCGGCAGCAGCAGCCAGAGGCGUCUUAUAUCAGUAUGUGUGUGCAGAUCUGCUGAGAACACACACACAUCACAGCAUCUUCAUCUCUGAUCUCCGUCAGGGCACGUGAAGUGUCUGUGCAUGAAGACAGCAUAUCGAGUCCCUCUUCAAUCAGUAUGAAUUACGCUCAUCAAUAAAGCACCUCUGUAUGCACACA